GUUCAUAUUAUUAUUGUUUGGCGAGAGAGAGAGAGAGCGUUGUGAGUUGUGACGAUGACUUGCUAAUGCUGAAAGCAUAUCCCAACCAACUGUUCUUUAGCUAUAAGAUUUCUGAGAGAAAAAUUUUUGAGGGGAAGGAGUUAGUGGUGUAGGUGCUUGUUAUCGUCCUCAGCUUCCCAGUUCUUGGAGCAGGUGCGCAGAAAGCUAGCUGAAGAACAGAGGACCUCAAUAUACUAAAUUAAUCGGCUUCAAGAUAAAUGGAACAGAAUGCUACUAUUCAGGAAGUGGAGGGUUUAACAAAUGGCCUUGGGGUGGUAGGAUCCAUUUCGGAUAAGCACCUUGAACUUUUGAGGCCAUCUGCUCGACAUGUUUCAGUUGUUAAAGGGCUGUCAACGGAAGUUGUGGAUGAUGCAAAAGGGAAGUAUACUCUGCUUAGAGAUGCAGAAGCACAUCAAUUGGGGAUGUACGACAAACGUCUCCCUUGUUUUGGCUGUGGGAUAGGAUGGUUUUCGUUUUUACUUGGAUUUGUAUUCCCAUUGAUGUGGUACUAUGCCACGAUUCUCUACUUUGGGAACUAUUAUCGCAAGGAUCCAAGGGAGCGAGCAGGCCUUGCUGCUUCUGCUAUUGCGGCCUUGAUUUGUUCAAUAGUGGUGUUUAUCACAGUAGCUGUUGUUGUAUUCUAAUCACUCUGGCUUUUAUUUCGUCGUCUGUACAUUUCACGUGGGGGAGGCUUCAGGAGUGAACUUCAGGAGAGACCUCAGUCACGACAGUCAUCUUAUGAUCUUAGCAACAGCAAGUUGAGAACAAUGAUGUUGCAGGAAGGGUCCACGCAAUCCAAGAAAUAUUUUCUGUUCUUUUUUUUCUGUUUCUUUUUAAUACUUGUACUUAGCACCCUCGCGUAUUUUGUAAAUGCAAACUGUGAUCUGUAUAUGAUGAAAAUCCAUGCACUCCCAUUUUUUAAGAA